AUGUUCAAGAAAAAGACCGAGCAGGAUCCGUUCAACCACUUGCUCAACCCCGAACCCCAGCCCGUCCAGAAGGGGUUCCUCCAAAAAGUCGUCUCUACUGCAAAACCAGCUCAGGAUGAAGGCGUCUCGGCCGCCAAUGCCCAGUAUAGCUCCCCAUUCCGCAAUUCGCAACAGCUGGCAGCGGCUCAAAAACGUAAAUCCCAAAAGUUCCCAACGAUCUCGGCGUCAGGUCCGGGGGUCACGGGACCUGACCUCGGGUACAAAGUGAUCGAUGCCGCUCGCAAACGCGCCAAAGACAUAGCUGUGCCCAAAUACUUGCAGGGCACCGACGAGCGCCAGCGUCGCAAGCUCGACAAGCUCGAGCGCAAGGAGGACUCUUUGCAGUACAAGAAGGACUCGCAAAAAAUCGUGGACGUCCGUGACCAGAAGCAGCGCAAUGACACCGAUGUUGAUGUUGAGGAGGCUGAGAUCCCCGAGCCCGUGGUAGAGACCGUGGAGCCCGUGGAGCCCGUGGAGCUCGUGGAGCCCGUUGAGCCUGUGGAUGACAACCUUCUCGACGAAACAGACGCCGUGGAGCCGCAGCCGGAUGCUGAGUUUGACACUGCAGAACCCGUCUUGUCUCAAGAAAACGGAGUAAUCGAGCCUGUCGUUAACGACUCCGAGCUCUUGGGUGCAGAAGUCCCCGAAAAUCGUGAAACUAUUACUACUGAAGAGAUCACAACCACCGGUACCGUACCUCCUCCUCCUCCUCCAGAACCUCUGGAGAUUUCAGAAACUGCUGACAUCCCACCGCUAGCCAAUGCAGAUAACUUGGAGCAUGCGUCGAUUUCGGCCGCCUCUGCCUCUGCUGCUGCCCCAGCAGACUUGGAAAAUUUGGCUAACGACGAUGUCCUCCAGCCCGCUUCAGACGAACUCACCAAACCUAAAGACCCUAAAGAGGCUCCCAAAGUGCCUUUCGCGACCGGUAUUUUUGCAUUGUGGACUCGUUCCGACAAACGCGGGCAACCUGUGGCCUCCCCAGACGAUCCUGAAUUCAUUGUGAGGUUCGACAAAGGCUACAUGUCCAAAGCUCUUUAUGACACUUUAGAGUACGAAGAAGCCAUUCACAAUCAAGAGAUGGCCGACUACACCAGAGAAAACGAGGCGAAAUACGACUCCAAGGCUCAAGAAUACAAAUCCAGUCUGACUUCGCUCAAGACUCAAAUUUCAGAAUUGGAAGCCGCCAUGGAACAGCUCAGAAAGGACACUGCAGAGAAGAUCCGUAUCAGCGACUCUCAGCUAACCACCAAAAUGAUCGAAUCUAACGCCAAGCACAGUGAUGAGAAGAAUGUGAUUUUCAAAGCAACCGAGAACACCAAAGCUGCCAAGGUUGAAGAGAAAGAAACGGUCGUGGCCAAUCAAGACGAAACUAAGGAAAAGAUCGAAAUCUUGGAAAAGGAAAAAGCUGAACUAGAGGCUAACUUCCAAGAACAUCAAACGCGCGUUGACGGUUUAACCCUCGAGUUGGACGGCAAGUUGGCCGCUAUUCAAGAAUUAAACGCCAAGCAAACAGAAGUCCAGGAGUCGAUCGCGGUUCUAACGGAACGCAAGACUGCUUUGAUUUCCGAAGCGGAAGCGCAUGACGCUCAGCACGAAUCAAACCUUGCUGUUCUUGAAAGCAUCGAAAACAAGGAGUAUCUACCUCAAAUUAAUGCUAUCGAUACACAAAUCUCCGGACUUUUGACUUCUCUAACGGUUAUCAAGCAAGAGACAGUAAACCAAGAAGCGGAAUUUGCGGCUGUUAGCAAGCGCUUGGAAGAGGAGAACGAAGCUCGCAAGGAGAAACUCAGACAAGAAGAAGAGGCUCGCAAGCGUGCGGAGGAAGAAAGGCUACAGAAGCAACGCGAAGAACACGACGAAAAAGUUCUCUUGCUCCAGCAAGAACAUCAGCGCGAAAUAGAAGAAGCAAACAAGCAAGCACUUGAAGCUCAGCGAGAGCAUCAGCGCCAGCUUGAUGAGGCCGGCAAAGACGCGGCUCUGCUGGAGCAAACGCUUCAACAACAGCGCGAACAGAGCGCAUUGCACGAAAGAGAGCUCGUCAGGCUACGCGGUGAGCAAGCUCUCCAGGAGCAAGAAAACGCUCGACUUGCUGACAAGGCUUUAGAGGAUGAGAUGAAAGCCAAGUCUCACAGCAGAGCCGAAGCGUUAGACGCUGCCGAGGUGGCGCGAGAGAAAAACGCACAAGUUGCCAAAUCCAAGGCACCAGAGGCUCCGGCUGCAAACGGAAAAUCAGCAUCAGCCGUCUUGAGCAACCCGGCUGAAAAUGCUACCAGAGAUAGUGCGUCGUUUGAAUAUUUUACUGAAAAAGAGAUCGCCUACGUUACUCCCAGCCAUAGUCGCGCUUGA